AUGAAGUUUACUUUUUUUGCGAGACAAACGUGCAAGCGGCGGCCAAGUUGAAGCAAAAACUCAACUGGAUCACAAAUAUAAGGACGCAAGAAUUGAUAAGCAUGCCGAAAGAAGUCCCAGGUCCGAUAAAUUCGACGGCGGGUGCCGUCGUGGUUCGAAAUGAAAAAGGUGAGGCUGCUAUGCAAAAGGUCAAAGUUCACCGCUACGUAUCCGGCAAACGGCCCGAUUAUGCUCCCAGAAGUUCGAGCGAGGAGGAAAGCGAGGACGAGGAAUUUAUUGCACCAACAAAGUUAAACAAACAAAAUGAUGAAGAUGACGAAUUUCCUGACGACAACUAUGCGCCACAGGGAGAUUUCACAGAGGUGGAGAAACUUGAUCCUAGGCUUAAACGUUUGAUGCAGUCGACAUCAAGCAGAAGAGUUCAUGCUCCCGAGGUUUUAGGCAGUGACGAAGAGGAGGAGCGUCCAGGGAGGAGACGUGAUUCCGAUUCUGAUUCAGAGCAUGACGACGUAGCAGAUGAUGAGGUCGAGAGACGUCGUGAAUUUCUACGCCAACGUGUCCUUGCCAAGAGAGACGAAGAAGAACUCUUAGCACUGGAGGAGGAGCGAGAUUCUGAUACUGAAGAAUCAGAGUCGGAAUAUGAAGAAUAUACUGAUUCUGAAGAGGAAGCCCGUCCCAGACUAAAACCUGUCUUUGUCAGACGAACCGAUCGGGUCACACUGAACGACAAAGAUCUGGAGGAACAGAAUAAAAAGGCAGAGGAUGAGGCUAGGAAGAAGGCUUCGGAAAGACGUCAAGACACGCUAAAACUCGUGGAAAGAUUAAUCGUUAAAGAACGCAAGGGAAAUAUUGACGACGAUAAAGAAAAAGAAGCAAACGUUCCUCAAAUAACGGACGUCAUCACGGACGAUGAGAAUGAGGAGACAGAAUAUGAGUCUUGGAAAUUGCGAGAAUUAAAACGAAUAAAACGAGACAGGGACGAACGCGAAGCGUAUGAACGCGAGAAAGCAGAAAUAGAUCGAUUGCACGGCAUGACGGAGGAAGAACGGCGACAAGAACUGAAACUGAAGCCAAAAGUCAUUGUUAACAAGGCUUCGAAAGGAAAGUACAAGUUCUUGCAAAAGUAUUACCAUAGAGGAGUCUUCUAUUUGGAUAAACAAGACGACGUCCUUGGCCGUGACUACUCCGCUCCCACAUUGGAGGAUCAUUUCGACAAAACUAUUUUACCUAAAGUAAUGCAAGUCAAGAACUUUGGACGAAGCGGGAGAACUAAAUACACUCAUUUAGUUGACCAAGAUACAACAGCUUUUGAUUCCCCCUGGCAAGCCGAGACGUCACAAAACAUUAAAUUCCACUCCACCCAGGCUGCCGGAGUUAGGAAUGUGUUUGAACGACCUCCAGCGAAAAAGAGAAAAGAUGAUUAGAGAGAAGGCCUAUUUAUGUAUACCUUGUAUAACUUAAUUUUGAUAAUUAUUAAUUAAUAAAUUGCUGUUAACAUUUUUUA